CCUCACUCAGCUGUCUAUAGGCCAUUGGGGGCCACGAUGCAUGACGCCAUUCGGAACCUUCGCGGACUGUGCGCCGUGGAACAGGAUUGCCUUGAUUCAGAGGAGGUGGUGUGGAAUUGGUGGUGUGGAACUGGGUGUGAGAAAGCUAUUUAAGGGGGGUCCAGGACAGCCCAUCGACCUCAAUCCAACUUCUCCUCUCAAUUCCCACGUACUACUCUUUAGACAGAAACACAGUUAGAAUCAUAAACCAUGGCCGCCACCCAAGUCAUCUCCGAGAACGUCCACCUCGCCGGUGCCCGCAACGCCCUGAGCAAGGAGGCAUGCAUGAAGAUGUACGACGAAUGGGCCUCGUCCUACAACAGCGACCUCGCCGAUGCGUCCCAGAACUACGUUGGCCCUAUCCUGACAGCCCAGACUGCCAUCCAAUACAACACCAACCCGCGGGCCGUCGUGCUCGAUGCCGGGUGCGGCACCGGCCUGGUCGGCGAAGCCCUAGCCAAGAGCCACAAGCUGGUCAUUGACGGCGCCGACUUGUCCCCUCCCAUGCUCAAGAUCUGCAAGGACACCGGCGUCUACCGCGACACACUGCUCGUCGACCUGACAAAGGCCAUCGACCGACCUGACGCGUCGUACGACCUCAUCACCUGCUGCGGCACUUUCACACGCGGUCACGUCGGCCCUGACCCAGCACUCCGGGAAUUCAUCCGCCUCCUCAAGCCCAGCGGUGUCAUCGUCGCCACGGUCCUGCACGAGAUCUGGCUGUCCGGCGGCUACAAGGCCGAAGUCGACAAGAUCGAGUCAGAGGGGCUGGCCAAGGUGCUCAGCACGGACGUGAAGGACUACCGCGCGGGCGCGGGCGACAAGGCCGUCUUCCUUGUCCUGAAGAAGUCUGCUUGAAUGAUCUGGAUAUGAUGUGAUGCUUCUAGACGCGGACGGAGUGAUGGAGGCGAUUUGAUCUGCUUUACCUAACCUACAUUUAGGAUGCGCCCGUUCUGAAUAUAUGAUGAUAUGAUUUCCCCGAUGCGACUGUUUACCCCCCCAAUGCGACUUCUGCCCGUGCAAUCUCUUGCCUCGAUCCGUAUCGGACUGCAGCCCGUAGGCACUCGAGUAGAUGGUCCAACUGUAGCUUCUGUAGUGUGAGUGGGCUGCGUAGUACGGCCUGUUACUAUAUCCGCUGUAGUAUAGACAUGUCGUGACCUACAUUUCAAAAGUACCAAGUAGUUAGCCAAUAAGAAGUUCUUAAAAUUUUCUGAAACCAGCUACUCGAAUACGAAAUUCCAUAUUAUUAUUUCCAUUCGGCAAUCCCUGCC